AUGUGUGAUGCAACUGAUUAUGCAGUAGGUGCUGUGCUGGGGCAGCAGAAGAGCAGAAUGUUUCAUACCAUCUAUUACGCUAGCAGAGUUUUGAAUGAUGCUCAGAUUAACUAUGCCACCAUUGAGAAAGAAUUACUGACAAUUGUAUGGAUACUGCUGCUUCAAGAAUUUGAUUUAGUCAUCAAGGACAAGAAAGGGAGACCCUGGUUCACUGAUAUAGAUAAUUUCAAGGCAGCAGGUGUCAUACCGAAAGAUCUCAAUUGGCAGCAGAGAAAGAGAUUCUUCUAUGAUGCCCGGCAUUACGUUUGGGAUGAUCCACACUUGUUCAAAGUAGGUGCGGAUAAUCUCCUUCGAAGAUGUGUGGGAAGUGAGGAGGCCAAAGCUAUGGCCACUUCAAGGAAUGAUGCGAAGACUGUGGUGAAAUUUAUCAAGAAGAAUAUUUUUGCUCGAUUUGGGGUACCUCGAAUCUUGAUCAGUGAUGGUGGUUCGCAUUUCUGUAAUACUCAACUUCAAAAGGUGUUGAGUCAAUACCAUGUGAAUCAUAAAGUGGCGUCUCCCUACCAUCCUCAAACUAAUGGGUAA